ACAACACGCACACUAUAAUUCCACUCACUGGUUGGUGACGUUUUGCGUUGCCUGUGUGUGGUAAAGGUUUUCUUCACUCCGCAGGCAUUAAGUGCUCUUUUCACUAGACUGUUCUGUCUCCGAAAAAGACAAUGACUUCACGUCAAGACAUGCUUCCAGCAAGUGCCAAGUGGUACGAUAGGAGGGACUCUGUUUUUAUAGAGUUCUGUGUAGUGGACAGCAAAGAUGUAAAAGUCACUUUUGAUAAAACUAAAUGUGCUUUCAGUUGUGUUGGAGGAACUGACAAUGUCAAACAUGACAACGAAAUAGAACUCUUUGAUGCCAUUGAUCAAAAUGAAUCCAAACACAAACGCACAGACAGAUCUGUUUUGUGCUACUUGCGGAAAGAGCAGCCAGGCAAGUCAUGGCCUAGGCUUACCAAAGAGAAGGCCCAGCUGAGAUGGCUCAGUGUUGACUUUAACAACUGGAAAGAGUGGGAGGACGACUCAGAGGAGGAGAUGGGAAACUUUGAUCAAUUCUCAGACAUGAUGAAUAACAUGGGAGGUGGUGAUUUCCAACCUGAUCUAGAUUGUGAAGAUGAUGAGUCUGCAGACAGCGACGAUGAAAAAAUGCCAGAUUUGGAAUAGAGACUAAUACCCUGGAAGGAAAGGAAGAUCAGCAGACAAAGGAAGCAAAUGAAAUUAACACUUUUACAAUUUUUUUAAAGGCAGUGUAAAAAUAAAAAAAUACUGUUGGCAGCCAUAAUUAAAUGCAUAGCCUCUGCUACGCUCCUGUGAAGGUUGAUAUGCAUGGUAAUAUACGGAGCAGCUAUCUCCACUUCCAUUUGCUGUACUGCACGUCAGGUAUCUUGCUUUACUGUAUAUGACCAAUGAAGCACACGUCAAUGGAUGGAAAUGCUUGUCCUCAAUUGAGCAAUAUGUGUUGAUUAGAUUGACUUUAAUGGAAUUGUGGUUUAUGAUUAGUAAAACCUUGUGACAUGUUGUGGUUUUAAGUUAGGUAAAUAGUGUAGUUUCCUCUGUACAAAAAAAAAACAAACAAAAAAGAUGACAAAAAUAAUUAGUUGGGGUCCUGCUAAAGCCUUCCAUGUGCUGUGAAUUCGAUGACCAGGAAGCCGGUCUUUUGUUUCUGUAACUUCAAUUUCCUGCUUACAUGUUUCCCUCUACUCCUUGUUUAUAUGAAAUCAUGGCAAACAUAUUCCAUCUGUCCAAUGACCAUCUAAUAUUGUGAAUGGCGUUCAUCCAUUUGGAUAUCUGCACUGUUGAUCUCCCCAACAUACCAACAUGCACUAAGCCUGCAGGAGCAGGUUGAAACGUAUUUGCAGCAGCAGGCUUGAAGCAUGGUUGUGCUUAAACCAUUGAUGGCUUCUUGCUCUUCUCUGGGUUCUUCUUCAGACCCCAUAUAGAACAGAGCAUUGUCAGUUAAGGGAGUGUUGGAGAGACGCAGUGAUGUGUAAUGACCAAAUUCUGUUUGCACUGUCAACAAGAUGUAUGGGGAGACAUGAUGUUGAAUAACAGUGGACAUUCAUUUUUGUCUACAUAUUUCUAAUAAACAGUUGAAGAAA